AAAAACAGUAGUCAGCUGCCAAUUGCGAAGGGAAGGACACAACACCCGUGAGACGUAGUCAUAUGACCUUAUUUUAUUCACGUAUAAACCAUGUACGGCUAUAAAAUGGCAAAACCUUCGAUGUCCACGCAGAACCUGGUGGAUACGGAACAUCAGACAAGGACUCGUACUCCUGUCUCAAAAUGUCGAUACUUUUUAAUGGGUCUGGCAACAACGCUCUUCGCUAGUGCUGUUGCUUUGGCUAUCUACCAGGCAACUAGUGAUCCAUUCCUUUUCAAGUCGGGCAAAAGUUUCAAGCGUCCUCCAAUUGCACCACACCAACAGGGUCUUCAAGAUCCCAUCAAAGAUGAAGGUGUUGUUGUGGCCUCUGGGUCAGUGCGCACAACCUGGCCAGAUCCUCCCCCACAUGACCAGGUGGCCAAGAUGGCCCGCUACAUUGUGCACACCUCAGACUGGGCUACUGUAGCAACAUUCUCCACCCAGAAAGUCACUGAAGGCUUUCCAUUUGGCAACAUUCUAAGUGUGAGUGAUGGGCCAAUUGACAAGUCCAGUGGGACCCCAUACAUGUACCUUACACCACUGGACUUCACAGCUAUUGAUCUGGAGAAAGAUAACCGUGCUUCUCUCACAAUGAGUGAGGCUCAGUCUGACUACUGCCACAAGAAAGACUUUGACCCAGAGGAUCCCCGAUGUGCUCGCAUUUUAAUCACCGGUGAAAUUGUGAAGGUUGAGAAUGGAACAGCUGAGUGGGGCUUUGCUGAAGCUGCAAUGUUCUCAAGACAUCCAAUCAUGAAGUCAUGGCCUACUGAUCACAAAUUUUUCUUUGCCAAGAUGAAUAUCAUGAAUAUUUUUGUCCUUGACUUCUUUGGAGGUGCAGCAAAGGUGGACAUCAAUGAAUACUUCAGUGCUGUUAUGCCCUAAGUUGGGGUAACAUUUUUAUCUCUUUCACUGUAACUUCAGUCCAGGAUUGGCUUAGAAGUAGCAACAAGAUACAGUGAUGAUUUUAUGAUCAAUGGAUUUAUUAAGUUAUAUGUACCUUAGUAAUCAAAUACAUUUUGAAAGGUAGUUAUCAGAUGCAGUGCAGGAUGAGAUUGGUAUCUCUCUUCAUGUGCAUUAGGAUGCUUGAAUUGCCAUUAUGUUUUCAUAUAUGAAAAUAACUUGACACGUGACCUGACCCUACUGUCAUAAAUAUGGAAAUGUGAAAACUUAUUUUACAGUGAAUGGAAGAACUCAAGCCUCAGAAUGUAUUGCAUGUAGAGAUUAGUUUUUAACCUUUUACUCUCUCAGAGCUUAGAUUUUAUAAUAGAAUUCGGGGGAGCUUGGAAUGUUAUUCUCAUUAUCUAUUUUAGAAGUUAACUCAGCUGUUGUUAUACAUGUGAUGUAUAUGAUAUAUAUGUGAGUCUUUUCUUCCACUUUAAUUAUCUACUCGUGGAUAUAUCCCAAUGAGAUAAAUCAAGUGUCUUGUGUGUUUGAUAAAAGAAUCAAGAGCACGCAGACAAUUUUCAUUCUUCAAGUGGCACAUAAAGUUCUUUAGUAUAUUUUUAUUUUAUUAUUAUUAUUAUUUUUAUGAAUUAAUCAAGUAAAUGUUCUUGCUGAUAAUGUCUCAUAGACAACAUGUGGACCAGGUUGGCUCGUGUCAUAGCAUAUUCUUUCCAUAGUUAUUUAGUGCUUCUACAUAUUUGCUGUCUCACCAGGGAAAUUGGAGUAAAUAACUUGACAACUAUGGAAUUAAUUAUAUGUUAUCCUUCUGUUAUAAAUGAAAUGUGAUAUACUGUAUAUGCUAUAUAACAUACUUUGGUAUAUGAAAUAUAACUGGUAGAGAGGAUAUGUAUAUUUGGUGUAUGUAAAACAGCAUAUCUUUGUAAUUAAUGAACAUUUUAUAAUAUGUUGCAAAGCAGCAUGAUCCGAAUACUUGAACUUCAGUCUUUCAUUUUGAAGUCUGCUUAUUUUUUUAACAGAAUAAAUGGGAAGCAAAAAUACUUGAAUUGUACUACUGUUUUGGAUAUAUAGAAUCAUAUAUAAAAAAUAUUUUUAUUUUUAUUUGAAAACUGAAGUAAUGUGUAUAUUUAUUAUAGGUGAAAAGUACCCUAUGAUAAGAAUAUGUUCACAUUUACAAUUUUCCCGGUCACAGCAAAUGUUCCUCUAGGGUUUCUCUGACUUAGGAUUACAGUAUAUAAACUAGAUUUAGAGCUCUUGCGAGUCUUUUACUUGAGUCAGUCGAGGAGACUGGAUGAAGAACUGACAUUAUUGGCUGUGACUUCGUAUGAGAGUACUUGGGUCUCAUUCCUUGAGUUUUAAUUGAAUUUGACAUUUAUUAGGAAUUUGUUUUAUUUUGAUUAUAUUUAUUCACUUCUAUAAGUGGUAUGGAAUUAAAUUUGUGGUAAAAGAUGAAUGGUAUGUUGAGAAAGAUACUGAUUGAGUGAUUAAGUAAGUGAGUGAGUGAGUGAGUGAGUGAGUGAGUGAGUGAGUGAGUGAGUGAGUGAGUGAGUGAGUGAGUGAGUGAGUGAGUGAGUGAGUGAGUGAGUGAGUGAGUGAGUGAGGGUGAGUGAGGGUGAGUGAGGGUGAGUGAGGGUGAGCGUGGGUGAGCGUGGGUGAGCGUGUGUGUGCGUGUGUAUUCCACACUAUCACCUUUUAUUUUUAUAACCUAAUGAACAAAGGUUGUCCUCCGCAUCUCAUUCAAAUCAAAUGGAAAACUAUUAGUAUUUGCUCAUGUGGUUGGUGAUUCUUUUGCUCAUGUUGAAAAGUAAUUUUUUCUUCAUAAAUUUAUUGAUUUUUUAGGUUUUAUUAUACUUACAUAUAUAUUUUUUGUAAGAUAGAUGGGUGCUCUGUUUGCUCUGUCAUAGGACUAAGCAUUACUUUUUUGUUUUUGUUUCAGUUCUUGCUUCAUGUGCUUGUCAUUAUUUUUAGGGUUGUGCAAGUUUUGGUGAAAGAUGUAAUCUCAUAUCUUCGUGAUAGUAGAAUAAUCAUAUCUGUGUAAAGCAGGACUUGACAAACUAUCAAUGCAUUUUCUAUAAGGCAAUUGUUAUAGAAGGAGUAUUUAGUAGAAUGAAAUGGUGCAUAUGAAAAAUAUAGAUAUAUGUGGGAAGAAUAAAGAUAUAUGCAUAUG